AUGCGCUUCUCACAGGUUGCUGCCUCUCUGGCGGGAGCUUUAUCUCUCGCGGGGUCGGCGAUUGCCCAACAGAGAGCCGCGUUCGCUCACUACAUGCUUGGAACUAUCACUGCUGAACAUGCAAGAAAGGACAUCGAAUCCGCCAAAGCCAUCGGCUUCGACGGCUUUGCCCUCAACGUCGGCGACCCUACCGCCUCUUUCGUUGACAAGUCGCUCGGCAUGCUUUUCGACGCCGCUGACUUGGUAGGCGGCUUUGGACUGUACAUUUCCAUGGACGUCUGGGCUUCGGGAGAUGCAUGCUGGAACGGCCGCGAUUCCUGCGAGGGACCAAUGGAUUAUCAAUGGAUUUUCCAGAACUACAAGGGGCGCCCAUCCUACUACCAGUGGAAUGGUAUGCCAGUCAUCAGCACCUUCUCGGCCGCCGACUUCAACGGAUCUUUCUGGAAAUCUUGGAAAGACAGCCUGGCCAACGAGAUGUUCUUCAUUCCGGACUUUGAGAAAACGGAGGGCUACUAUCAGUCUGACCCUGGAUGGUGGGAGUACUGGGGCGAUAUGGUUGAUGGCGUCUUCAGCUGGGAAUCCGCAUGGCCGGAGCGAGACGGCUACGGAAGCGCCUACGUCGGCGACAUCUCCGUCGACAAGCUAGUCGCCGUAGGCGCCCACAACCACAGCAAGCUGUACAUGGUCCCCCUCAGCCCGCUCCAGUACAAGAACAGCUACAAGACGAACGUCUACCGAGACGGCCGCAACGGAAUGCCGAUGCGGAUGGACAGGAUUCUUGGAUCCCUCAACGAAGCCGACUUCGUGCAAUUCCUCACGUGGAACGACGGCCCUGAGAGUCACUACAUCGCAGAGCUGUGGCCCGAACAGAACAGCGACGCCCAACCUUGGCUGUACAUGAAUCAGAACAUGUUCGACCACACCGCAUGGCAGCCUCUCGUCGCGUCCUUCAACCAUGCCUUCAAGAACCGCCAGCUCUCCACCGCGAUGACUCCACAGAACGGAGCUGUUGCAGUCGGUGCCAUGUGGCACAGACCCAUCGUCGACGGCAUCGUUUGCAACUCGGGCGUGGACUCUCUCUAUACCGGGAAGCCCGACGGAUACGAUGACGCGAUACGUCAGAACCAGGCUUACUGGAGCGUUGUCCUCAAGCCCGGCCUGGCGAAUGGGUACAGUGUCGUCGUGCAUGCUGGACAGGAUGAUCACACCACGGUGCUCCACGAUGGCCUCAACUACGGUAACGGUGCUGGGAAUAUCCAACCCGGACAGCAGUGGAUCGAACUCAAGGACCCAUCUGGAAAGACCAUCAUGACGGCUCGGUCCAAACGAUGCGUCUCUUCGGGCUGCCCUCAAGGCAUCUACAACAUGAACUACCUGGUCUCGCCGUUCGAGGACGGAACCAACGAUGAAGCCUGCAUCCCCAUCGGAACCGAGGUCAUGCCCAUCACCGAAGACGAGUUGAUGGACGUUCCCAAGUGCGAAGGCGACGAGAGCGACUGGAAAUGCAUCACCUGCGCCAAGGAAGAAGUCACCAUCUUCCAAAACGCCUACACGAACUGGCAGAAGGCCAAGGCAGACACGGCUCUCGAUGACUUCGCUGACUGGUGGAAGGAUAAGCGGUUCGACUACUACAGCAUCGUGUCCGAUGGCAAUUGGUCUCGAGCUGCGUCGGGGUUCUUCAGGUACAACGAAAGGUUCGAUUGCGGUCUCGACAACACUGCAGGUGACAGCUGCGUAGAGGACAUCUCCUGCCACAAAUCCGACGGCUGGUCACUCGCAGCGUCUCUCAUUCUGACAUCAAUGGCUCGCAUCAACGCCGUGUUCAAGGAAUGGCUCAAUGCUGUGGACAAGGCUACCUACGAUGCGGCCGGAAUGAAGACAAAUUUCAUCAACACCUUCUCGUACGACCCUUCGAAGGAUGUCGCUACCCAAUUGAACAACUGGUUCUUGAACCAGAUAUUCGACGUCUCCGGCGGCUUCAUCUUCCAGAAGUUCUCUUCGUUCGUUGGCGAAAGCGAGCUCGCCGAGAGUGCGUGGACGGAGGCCUACUCAUUGGUGGUGGACAAGAUCAACAAAGCCAUGGAGGACGCCGAGGAGAACAAGAUGAUGACGGUGGACGACGUUGAGAAGAUGCUCAGUACCCUGAAGGAGGUCCAAGAGAGCACGCUGAAAGCCAUGCGGGCGGCCUACUUCAACGAUGCCGACCCGUCCUUCUUCAACUCGCAGGUCAAGGGCGGUGUUUGGCUUGCGGGUAACCCCAACGUGACAGCCACUGAGAUCGCCGACACCAUGAAGAAGGUCAUCUACGGCGGCCUCAUUCAGCAGGCUUGGAUCGCCAAUCCCACCGUGGACGCUGUCAUCAUCAUGGCUGAUGAAACAGACGAGGACUACAACCCUUUCGCGUGGAAGGGUGGCCAGAACGGCCAGCCUGAGACUCUCAACCAAGAAGACGUCGAGCCAGCUCGCAUCAUCAAGGAUGGAAAGACGUUCUUCCUCGUCGGCGUGACGAACUGUCAGAACUGGAAAACGGACGACGGCACUUCCAGCUAUUACUGCGACGAGGACGCCUUCAAGGGGCUUCCUGGUCUGGGCACGCUCGGGUCCAUUCUUUGGGGAGGCUUGGAAGUCGGUGACAUGGUCAACAGCUCCUGGGCAGGAUACCAGCUCAACGGCAACGCCAACGGUUACAACAUCUCUGCCGACUCUGGGAACAAGAUGAGGGACCACAAUGGAAACAAGCAGGCGACGUUGUAUCCUGAUGGUGUGUCGACUCCGGGUGUCUUCUCGAUCCCUAUUUGCGACUACAAGACCGCCUACCGCAACUUCAACGCAAUUGGCGGGGAGUAUCGCCCGUCUGCCGACAAGUGCGAGCACUACCCCUGCUGCACAUGUGAGGAGCUCGACUUAAGAUGCAGCGACUGA